GUGAUUCGAUCCUGGGUCUCCAGGAUCGCGCCCUGGGCCAAAGGCAGGCGCCAAACCGCUGCGCCACCCAGGGAUCCCCCCUAGUGCUAUACUUUAAUAAAAAUGCCUCCAAAACUUAAGGAUGUGCACAAAAGUUUAAAGAAUAUGAAUCUAAAAAAAAAAAAAAGAAAAAGUGAAUCUAUUUUGAAUCCAGUUUGUUAAAAUUCCAAAAGCAGUUAUUAAUUAUUCUCUCCAAAAGCAUGAGCAGUAUAUAUUUGCCAUCUCUGCAAUGUUUUUAUAUAUCUAUAAACAUAACAUUUAUAUAUAUAAACAUAACCUGUGUUUUUUACAAUAAUGAAAACUGGAAACUGCACAGACAUCCAAGAACUGGGGACUGGUUAAAUAAGAUAUGUGGGCGUGUGGUUGACUGUGAUCGCCAUGUCUUCUCACAAGACUUUCAGAAUCAAGCGAUUCCUGGCCAAGAAACAAAAGCAGAAUCGUCCUAUUCCCCAGGGGAUUCGGAUGAAAACUGGUAAUAAAAUCAGGUACAAUUCCAAGAGGAGACACUGGAGAAGAACCAAACUGGGUCUGUGAGGAAGCAUCGCACAUCAUGAAAUAGCAAACAUAAAUGGCACACAUAUUUAAGCCACAUGGAGAUCAUCACAUGUUCCUAUCUUAUCAAUAUGGAAACAUCCUUCCUACCCGGCCAAUAGACAUGUCUUAGCAAGAGAAUGAUUUUCUCUGUUACUAUGCCUCUAUACAGUAGGUUGGUUCAGUAAUAAAUGUGAGACCUUUCAGCUGAGCUGCUGUUGUGUCCUGAUUUGUGAGGUACUGAAUUCCCCCUCCUGUCAGAUCUCACAUAGCACCGUCGGAUAGAACUUUCUGCAGUGAGAGAAAUGGCCCUUGACAACGAAGUAUUUCAAGUGUGGCUAGGGGACACCUGUGUGGCUCUAUCUGCUAAGCGUCUGCCUUUGGCUCAGGUCUUGACUGGGAGUCAGCAUGUCUCUCUCACUGCUCCUCCCCCUGCUCAUGUGCUUUCUCUCAAAUAAAAUCUUUUAAAAAAAAAAAAAGAUAUGUGAUAGCCGGGUAAUGGAAUAUUUAUUCAGACAAUAAAAGCUAAGAUCUUUAGUACAACUUAUACAAGUAAAUCACUAAACAGUGUGUACAGUAUAAUCCCAUUUUUGUUUUAAAAAAUGUCUGUGUACGGUGGUAGGAUCAUGGGUGCUUCAAUUGCCGUGCAUUCUUUUUCUACACCGAUUUUGUAAUAAUUUUUUUUCCAAAGAAUAAUUUAAACUCUUGUUUCAGAUCAAAAUGCAAAUGCUACCUUAACUUCACAACAAAAUAAAACAAAGGAGUGGAGUCAGAGAGAGAAGUAACUAGCUCUAGCUAGACUUAGCUGUAAACAUCCAUGGGUUAGUUGAACUGGGUGUUGGAAGUCGAAUGAUAUCAGACAAAUUGGCAAAUUAUUGAGACUGAAUUUUAUAUGAUUCAAUACUUUCUGUAACCUAGUUAGUUAAAAUUCCAGUGAAUUUUUGUUGGAAGGUAAUUCUCCAUGGUCUCUAUUGGUUCUUCAUGCUUUACAAGCAAGCCAUUCACUGCUCUAUGCUCUGGGCUAUUGUCUCAACCUACGUGUAGUGAGAAGCCCCGAAAGGCAUGCUUACUGUCCAGUAGAAUAGAUUAAGGUUCCCUAAGCUCAAGGUUCCUGUGCAGUAUUGCAACACACUCCACGUGCAGGUGACUUCUGAUCCUUUCAUCACCAGGUGGCAAGCGGGGCAAAACUGCUGAGAUUUUGUCCAGUGUCAUGGCUCUAUUUCAUUUAUUUCUGCGUCUUCCACAAAACUGUGGCAAGCUAAAUUGUUAGCGUGCAAGUAGUAUAAAAUCUCUGGCCCUUCCCGAGCUCUUGACACUUUUAAAACUAUGUUUCUGGGCAGCCCCAGUGGCUCAACGGUUUAGCGCCAGCCUUCAGCCCAGGGCGUGACUCUGGAGAUCGAGUCCCAGAGUCCCACGUCAGGCUCACUGCGUGGAGCCUGCUUCUCCCUCUGCGUGUGUCUCUGCC